AUGAAGCUUGCACAUCAAAGGCAUGUAGUUGGUCAAAUGCAAAAUUGCAAUGUGAAAAUUGACAGAGAUGUCAAUGGUGCCCGAGGGAUAUUCCUUCGGGCUUUGCUUGAUGGAGCCAUAAUUAUGCAGGAAAUAUUAAAUUCCAAUUUCUACUUUAUACAAAAAUUAAACGUAUGUCUCAUGCAACAACCCUCAGAAGAUGGUAUGGUAACAGAAGGGUCUCGUAUAUUACCAUCCCUAGUAGAAAGAGAUUCUGAUCGAUAUCCAAUCUGGGACACACAUACCAGGGAGGUUGUUCUGACAAUCCUAUGA